AAACACUGAUUAAAAUUAAAAGUACAAAAGGCAUAGCUGUAAGUCCUACUUAAAAAAUAGCUCAAGCUUCAACUAAGCUGACCGGAGACGAUGAAUAAUCGGCCGUUAAACUCUCUCCGGCCAACCGAAACCCUAGAACUCGAAAGCGGACUUUCUCUAGUUCCACGAAUUAAGCUUCUCUUAACAGUCCACCGUGCGGACAAGUCCGUUAAUCCGUUCGACGAGUGGAAGUUCAAGCGAUCAUUAAUAGAUUACAUAAAAUCUUCAUUCUUCAUCACUGUUCCUGAAGAGGACCUAGUAAUCCGGAAAUUCAAAGAUCUCAACAAGCGCAAGCGCGAGGAGCCGGUGGCGCGUGGUCGCCUUUUUGUUCACGACUUAGGGUUUCUGUCAAAGGUGAUUUCGGAAACUGAGGAUGAUGUGGAGAGAGCUGAUAAGAAAUUUCUAGAAUGGAGGAGAGGAUUUGUGGUAAAAUUGGAUGGGAUUGAGUUGAAUUUGGAAGGUACGAAGUUUAAGUUGAAUGUAGCUGUGCCGGUGUCUGAUGAUUUUGAAGGAAUGAAGAAGGAAUGGGAAGAGAUUAUUGCUUUUGGUGCUCGUGGAUAUCAGAGGAGUGGAAGGAUGCAACCAGAUACAAUCGUGUUGAAAGGUAUGCCAUCAAGAUGGUUUGCAGAGACGAGGGUCUCAUCUAAGCCCUCUAUGCUGGUUACUCACACAAUUGUUUCCGCGAUUGGAAAGAUAAGGAAUCUUCAUGUAGCUGAGGACAAUAGUGUAGGUGAUGAUGCAGAUGAAGAAGACAUAGUUUCUGGUCUUCAUUGUAAGAUUGUAGUGCGGUUCGAGAAGCACAAGGACUUCUAUGACGCUUUGAAGAUUCUGUGUGGUCGCUCAUUGCAAAAGCAAGGAUCACGACUCAAAGCUGAUUAUGACGUGACCUGGGAUAAAGAUGGAUUCUUCCUAGAUGCUAGACAUCAAAUAGAAGAAAGAAAGAGAAUGCCAGCAAGAGGAAUGGGAGAAAGAGAUGAUGGUUAUAGGCAACACUCGCGAGUCUCUCAAUUUAGUUCUGAGGAAGGACAAAAGAGAUUUAAGGAAUAGGGAUAGGAGCGUUAUGUUUGUCACCUUCGGAAUAUUCCUUGAUCAAAGCAGAGACCUGAAGAUGAUAUGUAAUUUUUAAAGGGUCAAGACAUGAUAAAUAUCUGAUUCUAUUAUGUGGCUCCAUUUUAACAGGUAUAUGUUCCUUCUGCAGAGUCCAAGCUGUACCUUCUUCUGAAUUAAAACAAUGUGUCAACUUAAUUUUGAUCUUUGGAAAAGCUCUCAAGCAAUCAUCAACCACAUGCCCAUCA